UUUGCUGCUACCCCAGGAAGCGUUGGAGACAUAGACGUGUCUCUAUUGAAGGGAUUGACUGGUUUGAGCUGAGUUGAGUGGCUGGACACCGGUGGAAAUCUAGACGUCUAAGUUUUUUUGGUGAAAGAGGGUGCUGUUUUAGAACUGCAGGCCCCGAUCAUGACCACCUCGGGGAACCAGAUAGAACAGCUACGGCGGCGCAUCCAAGAACUGGAGGAAGAGCUGGUCCGAGAGAGAGGAGGCAGUCGGGGCCUACGAGCACGGAUCGCGGAGAUGAGCCCCGAGGUGACGGACUCCAAUCCGUACAGUCGCCUGAUGGCACUGAAAAGAAUGGGAAUUGUGAAAGAUUAUGAGAAAAUUCGUUCAUUUGCUGUGGCAAUAGUGGGUGUUGGUGGAAUUGGCAGUGUGACUGCUGAAAUGCUGACAAGAUGUGGCAUUGGUAAGCUGCUCUUGUUUGAUUAUGAUAAGGUGGAACUGGCGAAUAUGAAUAGGCUCUUUUUUCAACCCCAACAAGCUGGACUGAGCAAAGUGAAAGCAGCAGAACACACUUUAAGGAAUAUUAAUCCUGAUGUCUGCUUUGAAGUACAUAAUUACAACAUCACUACUGUGGCCAACUUUCAGCACUUUAUGAAUAGGAUCAGUAAUGGUGGAUUAGAAGAAGGAAAACCUGUGGAUCUUCUACUAGGCUGUGUAGAUAACUUUGAAGCUCGUAUGGCAAUUAACACUGCUUGUAAUGAGAUUGGACAAGUAUGGAUGGAAUCUGGAGUAAGCGAAAAUGCCGUUUCUGGUCAUAUUCAGUUGAUCAUACCUGGUGAAUCAGCUUGUUUUGCAUGUGCACCUCCACUUGUCAUAGCCGCAAACAUAGAUGAGAAAACUCUGAAACGAGAGGGAGUUUGUGCAGCCAGUCUUCCCACCACUAUGGGAGUGGUUGCUGGUCUUCUUGUGCAAAAUGUCCUGAAAUAUUUAUUAAACUUUGGAAUGGUGAGCUUUUAUCUCGGCUACAAUGCACUGCAGGAUUUCUUUCCCACCAUGACAAUGAAACCAAAUCCACAAUGUAGUGACAGAAACUGCAGAAUGCAGCAAGAACAGUAUAAGAAAAAAGAGGCAGUGAAUCCAAAAGAAGAAUUAAUAGACCAGGAAGAAGAAAUAAUUCAUGAAGACAAUGACUGGGGUAUAGAGUUAGUUUCGGAGAUUUCAGAAGAAGAGCUGAAAGAUGAUUCUAGUUCAGUUCCUGAUCUUCCAGAAGGAAUUAUGUUGGCUUACACAAUACCAAACAAGAAAGACUGUAUUCCUGCUGGAGAAAUGGUUGAAGAAUCUGAAGAAAGUCUUGAAGAACUUAUUGCUAAAAUGAAGAAUAUAUAAUAUGCAGAAUGUGUCAGGGACCCGUUAUUUUUAGUGCUUUAUAGCUAUUUAAUGGUUUCUGGCUAAAUUUCACUCAUUGUAUAUUUAUCACUCUGUUUUGAUGAUAGUAUCAUUAAAUUUCCAUAACUUAAUACAUUAUUAGAAACUAUAUUUCCAAAUUUCCAGAAAGCAUUAAAGUAAUCCAAUAAAUUUAAUAAUAUGAGAAUAAUGGUAUAUCAAAUCAAGCACAAAGAUAUUUUGUGAAUUGUAAAAGUUUUAUUUAAUAAUCUGGCAAAAGUUCUAAUGUCCCUUAUGUUUACAAAAAUUAAAGGUUUCACUAGAUGUAGCUAUAUUUAAUUUUUGAAAUACUACUCUUAAUUCACCCAUAAUGCUAAAUCAUGAAUUAAGUGUAGAGUUCCUUCUCUAGAUGUUUUGAGAUUGAAUCUUAUGUAUCUUGUACAGUAAUCAUGACAGUUGGAAGCCAAAAUGAGCAAAGUUGUGCUACUUUACAUUCAGCAAGAGCAAUAAACCAUGAUCCAAAAUUAUUUUUCCGGAUUUGCUGUCAUAUACAGAAUAUGUAGUUUAAAGAAAAUUCAAUUGAAUUAACCUAUAGUGUAAAAUUCAUUCAUUAGCAAUAUGACUUCCAUUUUAAAACAUAAUUUUGGAUUUUACAUAAUUGUAAAGAAAACAAAACAAAUGUUUCCUUCACUGUCAUAGAAAGGAGUUUUACACAAACACAUGGCAUGUAGUACAAAAAAAAACCUUAAAAUCAUUACCUAUGAUUUAACUUAAUGGGAAAAUAUUUCACAAACACUCACUAAACACUAAAAUCCUUUUCUGAACCAAGUCAAGAAUGAAAAUAAACCCAAAGGUAGACUUUACAAGCUAGAGAAAAUGGAUGAGAGCCUUUGGUGGAACAGAAACCUUAAUUUAGUUUCAAUAUAGUUUCAAUAGUGUUAUUUACCUGUAAAUUAUCCUAGCUAUGUAGCAAGUGUUGACAUUAUAAACUGUAAUAUAUCUGGGAUAUUUUGAAUAAUGCUUAUAGAUGAAAGUAAAUUUAAAAGAUUUAGAACAAAAAAGUAUGAAUUGAAUAUUAGAUGACAGCAAAGGAUGCAUAUGCAAUUAGUCCUCAACUUAUGAUCAUUCAGUUACAAUAGCUGAACAAAUUAUUAUGUCUGGUCCUUGGGAGUUCCAGCUGCGCCUGAUCAAAUGAUCGUGAUUUGAGUGCUUGGCAACUUGCUCACAUUUAAAUGACAGGUUACAGUAGCCUGUAAUCAUGUGACUGCCAUUUUCUUUCUUCCCCAAGAAUUUUAUUAAGAUUGUCAUGAUACAAAAUACAAAUGAAAAUAAAAAUAGGA